CAGGUGCCCACAAGGAGAUUAGUGUGGCAUACCCUCCGUGGCUAUGUGGGCGUUAGCUAAUCCAUGAUCCCCUGAGUGUGGGGAGGGGGGUUCACAGGGCAUGUGGGGAAAUCAGGUGGCAAUUGUUCUCUCAGCCCCAAUUCAGGAUGAAAAGUGCUGUAGCUCAAUGGGAGAGCACACAUUUUACAUUCGAAGGGUUUCAAGUUGAAUCCCCAGUAUCUGCAAGUAGCAGUGAAUUCAUAAUGCUGCUGAUAGUCAGUGUAGACUAGGGUUGGUACCAAGUGUUCUUUCUACCCUGCCCCCCAACCUAUGGAGGGGUGAAAAUUGAUUCCCAUACUUGCCAAAGUUGCUCAUCCCUAGUAUAGUUGGUAUCAAGCUACGUAGAUUAGUGAUCUGACUUUUAAGACUGUAAGAAGAUAGUGUAGACAGCUAAGGUAAGUGGACAUGUAUGUUACAUUCUUCUGGUAAUAUGGAGUAUACAGUAAACCCUACAAAUUCACCAGGGUCAGGGGGACAGGGCUCCCACGAAAGUGGAAAAACUGCAAAUACAAAGCUGCUUUUUGCUUUUUUAAAAUUUAAGAAAACACCUAAGAGAACGGCCCUCCAGUACAACUCUAUGGUCAAUAUCUGACAGAGGUUGAUCACUGGAUUGCAUUCAAGAACCCCGAGAUUCCUAGAGAGGACACUUCAAUCAAACCCACACAUAAUCAAAUCAGCAAAAGCUAAACGUCCACAAAUGGAGAAGGCUGAUUGCACUUGCUCCAUUGGCUCUGGUUGGUGCAAGGAAAUAAUUACACCCUUUUUUACAAUGCACACUGGCCUCUCUUCACCUAACGACUGUGCUCUAACACCCACAAUUCCUCAACAUCAUCUCCAAAAAGACUUGGAACUAGGAACUGGAAUCACUUUAUCAGGCAAGAAUGAAAGUGGGAACAGCCUAUUGUACUACAGCCUACAGCUGUGGUUCUCAACCUGUGGGUCCCCAGGUAUUUUGGUCUUCAACUCCCAGAAAUCCUAACAGCUGCUAAACUGACUGGGAUUUCUGAGACUUGUAGGCCAAAACACCUGGGGACCCACUGGUUGAGAACAACUGGCCUAUAGGAUCGGAACAUGGAUCAGGGGUUGGGUCUACUGUGGCAGCACCAUAGGAAGGUCCAUGGGGGCUGCUUGCUGUCAUGGUGCAAUAGCUUUUAGAGGUUUGGGCAUCAUUGGGCAAAUGGAGGUGCCCAGAGUAAGGAAAUGAGUAAAAGCCAUCUCUAGUUCUGUGCCACCCAAGCAGCAAGUACAGGUGAGCAGUUAACAGGUGAAUGGAAUCCUGGGAUUUGCAGUUUUGGGCACUUGCAAUGUGUGACAUCUUCUUUCCAAUGCUGCAGUGGAGUAACCCAAGAGAGGAUGUCCCAAAAUUAGGAAUGUGACAGAGAAUAUCUAGUCUGUCAUUCCAAUCCUGUAAAAGUGGUUGUUACAUGGACAAUAAUCCCGACCUCAACAUUUGUAUGCUUUUUCCUAUUAUUGCUCUUCAUCAGUUUGUUCCUCUCCAUCAAAUCCUACUCUUGUUAUUGUGAUGUGGAGCAACCCUGAGUUUUCAGGGUUAUGCCAACUGUGUGUUACCACCUGGCAAUUUCCACCAGGAUGAUUAUAUGUUUUGUACAACCUGAGACAGGAGCUGUGUGCUUGUGUUCAGAAUACCAGCCUAGCCAAAUGCUGAGAGAGUUGCCACCAGAAGAAUGGCUACCAGGCAUCUUUCAGCACAAAGUGAUUAUAGCUUCAUGAUUCCACUUCAAGUGUCCUGGCAACAUUCAAUGGAAUCCUGGGAUUUGCAGUUUUGGGAGGGGCACUUAAAGUUCUCAGCCAGCAAACCCUAGUGACUCAAUGAAGUACAGGCCUAAGGAAUCCAUCAGAUGUGGUGACACUUAAAGUAGAAUAGACCAUAGUACCAAAAUUACUGUGUGAAAGAACCCUAGUAGUACAUCAAAACUAAGCAUAGAAUUGUUGCCAUCAACAUUGAUGGUCAGAGAAUAUCAACAUUGACAUAAUCUCAGAUCUUCAGAGUGUUCACAGCAUCUCUGUGGUUCAGCAUUCUCCAAACUGGUAUCCUCCAGAUGUAUUGACCCACAACUUGUACCACUCCCAAUGGUCAUCCAUGAAGUGAGUUGUGACCCUAACACAUCUGGAGCACACCAGUUUUGAAAAGACUCUCUCCACUCCCUCUGAUGCCAUCUACACUAACCACUUAAUCCAGUUUCAACUCGGUAUUGAAGAAAAGGGUUUUGCUGUGCAGAUGAUUACACUGGAAAUCCUAAAACUGGUUUGAGGCACUCCCACAGUUCCUAACAGCCUACCGGAAACUUACAAGCUUCCUUCUUGGGAAGCUUUUAAGCAGAGGCUGGAUGUCCAUCUGUCGGGGGUGCUUUGAAUACGAUUUUCCUGCUUCUUAGCAGGGGGUUGGACUGGAUGGCCCACGAGGUCUCUUCCAACUAUGAUUCUAAACCCCAAGCAACUGGAGGGCCCAAGUUUGCCCAUGCAAUACUGAACACUGAAUGCAGCUCGAAGCUAACUUCAAAUUGCGGCAGCACAAGAGCGGGCAAAAGAAAGCCUUCAUCAAGCGCUCUGCGGCUAGUGCCCGGGCCUCAAACUGGUUCCAGGAUUUCCCUAUAGACUCAUCUGCAUUGUAAAGACCGGGUUUGGAACUGCGCGAAAGGCUUAGCGCGGAGAGAGCGCGGACAGGGGGAGGCCUGGACCCGGGGGCGCCUGCCGGCCAUGUGAACCACGGGGAAGGGUCCCGGCAGGAAAGGGCCAUGGCCCCCGGGGGCGGCGGAUGAGACGCGGAGGAGCUGCUGCUGCUGCUGCUGCUGCUGCCCAGGAGGCGCCACCGCCGAGAGGGAGCGGACCCGAUGCCCAGGCAGGAGGGCCGGCACCCGAGGGCAGAGGGAGGCGCUUCCCGGCCCGUUUCCUCGGAGCAUGGUCCCCGCAGAGGAGCCUCCAACGCGCCCAGCCAGAGGCGCCCCUUCGGCCCAGACGGCGCCCACGGUAGGAUGGAGUGGAGAGUGGAGGAGCCAAGGUACAGAUCAGACAGAUCUCUCUCUGCCUACAGGAGCUGGCCUGCUCAACAAGUACGAUACAAGGAGCCUGGACUGUGGAGCACACUCACUCUGCUGUCACUGUUUGCUGGAACCAUCAUGGCAACUCCACAGACUUGGCAUCAUAACCAGACAUUGGGAGCAACCUCUGAAGGCAUGGGCAUUGCCAGCCCUGCCCCCAUGGAGGAAAAGAACAGGGAAGCCCUAUCCCUGGGUGCAUGGAGCAACUGGCAUGGAGAAAACGUGACUAUACAAGGGUCCAGUGCCUCAGAAUUGUUCAGGGCAGAACGUUCCCCAGCGGGUGCAACCAAAACCAGGAAAGGAUCCAGAAAAACUGGGAGUGGGAGCCGCAGCCGCAACUGCCGCCUGCACAACCUGAGGUUGAAGGUCCGGGAUCUGGGACUCGGCUUUGAGUCAGACGAGAUUGUGAAGUUCAAGUACUGCAGUGGGUCCUGCCAUCGAGACCGCACAAACUAUGACCUCACGUUGAGUAACCUGCUGCGGCACGGUCACAUCAAGCCUGGGUCUCAUGAACGCCCCUCCUCCCAUCCAUGCUGUCGACCCACCAAGUAUGAGGACUUCUCCUUCAUGGAUGUACACAAUGCCUGGAAGACAGUGAGCCAAGUCUCAGCUGCAGAAUGUGGUUGUGUGGGCUGAGGUGCACCAUCUGCCGGAGCUCACAGAGUCACUGAAGUGACUGGUGUUUAUGCUCCCAUCGCAGGCCUGCCAAGAGUCCUACAUGUCUGUGGUUCUUGGGAUGAGGAGAUGCACAGUCUGGAGUGCGGCUUGCCGGGCCAAAAGGAAGCAGCAGGUGAACAAUAAUUUGGAAGGGAGCACAGUAUUCUUGGCUCAAUGGGUCUAAGCCUUACAGGCAUACAUGUUGGACAUCUUUCCAGUGUCCUCUUCAUGCCUGCGACAGGAUGGUGAAACUAAGCUCAGCCAAACCAGUGAAAUCAGCAACGAGUGUCACUCUGGAAGGAUCUUUCUUGUCAACAGUGUUGUGAAUUUACUCACACAUCAAGUCUCCUCCUUCAGUAGAGAACCAUCACUGGAAUUGGCCAAACCUCAUUCAAAGGAUGAGUGGGCAGGGAGGUCAACACAAAGAACUAUGGUGCUAAUGAGUAGCUCCUUAAGUGCCCCCUCCUUAUCACUAGCCCUUCUUUAGCCAGUUUAAAGAAAUAGGCUGCUUGUUAGGGUCACUCAGCUGCAUCAGCUGCAAAGCACAUGUAAUCUCCACUUUUUCUCCAUCUCUGUAACCUCCAUUUCCUCUAGGAGCCUGGUGUAGCUCCAUUGAUGAUGUAGUUGAGCAUAAAGGCCAGUUCUGCAACCCUCAGUAGAAGCUUCAGGUCAGCUUACAGCUGUUCUUCUAUACCUCCUCUGGGUUCUGGAGACUCAAGUGAUUGCUACUGUCAUCCAUCCUGUGCUAGGAUAGCCAGCUUAUUGUCUGAGAACUGAAUGGCAUACUUUCCUGGUUUUGUUCUGGGUUUUUCUUCCUUCUUAAAGUUUUUGAUCUAGUUGGGGAGCUUUUUCUCAUGAGAACAAGCUUGCAGCAGGUGGAAUAUAGAACAUACCCAAUGUGGAGCUGAUCAGAAAGCACAGCUGUUGAAGUCUCUGAUUCUACAGAACAGUCAAAUCAUAUGCAGCUAGAGAAAGGGCUUCUCUGAUAAAUCUAUGAUGGUGUUAACUUUCGAAUUUGCAACAUUCCCUGCUACACCAGCUAUAGCUUGGAGUUUGGCCGCUGCACAUUUGUCAGGCUAGCUCUGAAAGCAGCAAGAGUCCCUGACAUUUCUUGGGCUGCCAUCUCUUGAUACCAGCAGGGCAGCCCAUCCACUCUAGAACUGACACUUUCUGAACAAAGUUAUUUAUUCUCUUAAGUUAUUUAUUUAUUUGUUUGCACCCCACUCAUCUCUGGUGGCACCUAUUUAUAAUGCUGAGAACCAAGACUGGGGUAACAUUUAAAGCAGAUGCUUUGCCCCAGCCUGCAGCCAGCAGCUCUGUGUCCUUUCCCCCCACUCGAUCUAAGCAAAGGUAUCUCCCAUUCCUCCUUUCCUGGUUUUGUAUUCUCUACUCUUUAUUUGCAUUUGGAUAAACUCUAUUUUUGUACAGCAGCAACUUCUUGUAGCAAUAAAGCCUGCUGAGGCAGUGCAAAAUUGA